AUGCUGAGUACAUUUCAUUUAUGGUGGUCCAGUGUCAACGGCCCGACUAUUUAUCGUGUCCCUCCAAUGGACGAAUCUUCUGAUGGACAGUCAUUGGCAUACCAGUCGAAUACGCUGGAAGCUAUCUCUUCCAAUAUACUUCGUAUGACUUCUGUAUUCUAUGGCUUCCUCAAGUGGACCGUGCUAUUUUGGACCCCGUGGAUUUUGAAAAGUGCGCAUAAUCCACAUCAGCUUGUUUACUAUGCGAAAUGUGCCACGUACCUUGCCGCAUUCUACGCCACCACCGUAAUCAUUAGAGGCACUGGUCGAGUGUUUAAUCCAAGCUACAGGAAAUUUAUCGAAGUCUAUCAGCUUGCAGAAAAGUAUGGAAGUGAUGAUGCCUUAAACGAACUGCUGACCUACAGCUUCUCGUCCGUUUGGCCCGCUCAGUUUGAUAUUCGAUCGUUAUCUGCUUCUGAAAAGCGCUUAACCUCCCCUACUCCACCUCGAUCACCCGGUGUUUCACUCCUUCUGUGGCCGCUGACUUGGACGCUUGCUCAUACAGUUGGAAUUCGUUUGACUUACCCAGGAUGUACCGGCUUUCUAAAUUCCAUGACAUUACCUCAUCGUCUGCACGCACGUGAUGAACUCCAAAGACGAUACGCACUCCGUCGUGUGGGUCUUAUCACCGAAGAUGGAGAUUUCGUUGAAGCUAUGUACUCUGAUCGUCGGGGGUCAGACAUCCUGUCUAAUGGGACAAAAUCACCUGGAAAUAUCCUGAUCAUUUGCUGUGAAGGAAACGGUGGUUACCCAGAAAUAGGCACGCCAGUGGUACCACUCCGAUUAGGAUACUCUAUUCUUGCCUGGAACCACCCUGGAUUCGGGAGUAGCACAAGUCUCCCCUUUCCGAACAAAGAGCAAAACGCAGUUGAAACCGUCCUAAUGUUUGCCCUCCACCGACUGCGGUUCCCCUCGAAAGAUGUGUACCUCUUUGGCUGGUCCAUAGGUGGCUACACCGCGAGUUGGAUUGCGAUGAAUUAUCCGGAGAUUGGUGGUGUGAUUUUGGACGCAACCUUUGACGACGUGGAACUGUUGGCUAGAAGAUUGGUUCCGGAUAUCUUUUGUCCACUCGUUGUAGCGACUCUUCGCAGUCACCUGGACUUGAAUAACCUGGCACAUUUGAAAGCUUACGAUGGUCCAGUUCGCAUCAUACGCCGAAGCCAAGAUGAGAUUAUCAGCACUGACGAUCCACCGUCUCACGAAAGCAACCGGGGAACUCAUUUGCUGAUAGCACUUUUGAAGCACAGGUUUCCACACCUUUUCACGCCAAACACCGAAGGCUUACUGCGAGAAUAUCUUUCUCUGGAUAGCACCGCAUAUGAUGACUUUCUUCAUCGCAUACGCUGCAAUCCGGAUGAACACGGUCCGGCGGUAAUCGACUUUCUCUCCCAAGAGUUGGAAUUGAAGCGAAUGGCAUGCACUGGGUCUUCAACUCCAUUACGUACCGUUCGCCUGUUUCCAUCUAAUUUAGGUCAUCAAAUAUCUGAUGAAAGCAUUAAAUGUGGCAUGCUCCUUUAUUUGGUUUCUCAAUACUUCGUCGAGGCCCCCGGAUCACACUGUGCCCCGUUGGAACCCGGCUGCUUUCGCACACCGUGGACCAUAACAACAUCUACAACCAACUUUGAUAUCACCAGAUGCGCUGACUCGAAUCCCGGUCCUAGAAUAAUCGAAUAG